AAACUCAUGUAAUGACAAUGUUUUUUUCAGAAUGUUGCCUGUGUGGUGGUUGUGUGUGUACCUUUCUGGGCUUUUACUUCCUCAGGCCUCUGGAGUUCUGGCAGAUUUUGAGAAACCUAUUGGAUCAGCAAUGAUGAACUACCCCGAUGUCUACAACAAUAUAAUUCCUGCAAAAUUGGAUCCCUUUGAGAAUAUCAAUGAUCUCCAAAGGCAUUAUUUGUCUUUCUGUGGUAAUCCACCUACCAUUCGAAAUGGAGAACCUCGGGUAACUGGCAACUUAGUGACGUACACCUGUCACCCUGGCUAUGUGUUGAUAGGAUCAGCAGUUCUACGUUGCCUCUCCUCAGGUCAAUGGAACCACGAUCCACCAACUUGCAUGGAAAUUGCCUGUCCACCCCCUGAAAGGAUUGCAAAUGGCUUUUUCAAACGUGUAGGACCAGUCGUGACAUAUUCCUGUGCAGAAGGCUAUUACAUGUUAGGGUAUGAAGUAAUAACCUGUCUCAGCACUGGUAAAUGGACUGGACCCGCACCACGGUGUAUAUUUAUUAAUGCCCCAAGAGGACCACCAGGAGAUCCAGGUCCAAUGGGACCAAAAGGACCAAAAGGUGAUCCAGGUGCAGAUGGAUCAAGAGGAUCGCCAGGUAAACCAGGGCGACCUGGAGUACAAGGAGAACCUGGACACCAAGGCUAUCCUGGAACACCUGGACAGCCAGGUCCACGUGGCCCAAGAGGAGUACCCGGACUUAAAGGUGGAAAUGGAGCUAAUGGUUUACCAGGUGCAGAUGGUAACAGAGGUCUCCCUGGGUUGAGAGGACAAAUAGGACCAGGAGGAAAGGUUGGACCAGCAGGAGAGAAAGGAGAUACGGGAGCCCCAGGACCACCAGGUCUUCCAGGAACCCACAAAGUAGUUGUUGCUGCUUUCUCUGUGAGCCUUGGCUAUAACUUCCCAGAGGGGAAAACACCAAUUAAAUUUGAAAAUAUAAUAUACAAUGCCCAAAAUCUUUAUAGUCCUACAACAGGUUUGUUUACAUGUAGAAUUCCUGGUGUCUAUUUUUUUACAUUUCAUGCUGAAGUUGCUAAAGCUAAUGCAUAUAUAGCAUUGAAGAAAAAUGAUGUAACCAUUGUCGUUGCAUACCAAGCAUUUCGAAAUGGCUACCAGUCAAUGGCUGGAGGUGCUAUCAUUGCACUGAACGUUGAUGACACUGUUCAUUUGGAAACUCUGAAAGAGCAGAAUGGCCUCACAAAAGCAUGCAUCUUUUCUGGCCAUUUGCUUUUUGUUUGUCCAACUUUUCACCUUUGAAACAGCGAGGAAUCUGCUGGGAAUACUCAGCAGGUCAAGUAGCAUCUGUGGGAAGGGAGGAAUAGUUGACAUUUUGGGUUGAAACCCUGCAUCAGGUCCCAAAGCGUUGACAGUUCCUUUCAUCACAUAGAUACUGCUCAGCCCACUGAGCUAUUCCAGCAGAUUGCUGGCUGCUCCAGAUUCCAGCAUCUGCAGUCUCUUUUGUCACUCUUUCAUCUUUGAAGAUAUGUUAAAUAUAAAAUUAUUUUAUUCUUACUGUGGUCUAUAUUUAAUAAUACACCAUUUCACAACUUCCACAUUUUAAUUUUAGGAUUACCCACAAGUGUCAUCUCCAGGACACAGUGGUGAUUAGAGAAGGGGUUUGGGAAAUGUGACACCAGCGUAGUUUGGCCAAAGAUUUAAAAAGUAGUUAUAAUGUCAUCUUAUGUAUACCAUAACUUAUGGAACUGUACCUCUGCUGUCAACAUCAAAGGCAAGUCAAGUUUGUUUCAACUCUCUUUGGACAUGUUCUGAAAAAUCUAGGGAUGGUUUUCUUCACGAUGAUCAUAGCAAUAAAUUGACAUCAGAUUCAAUAUACUCACAAACCA